AGAGGCGUGGCCUGUCGCGUUUGGAGGGCGUGACCUGGCGUGAAGUGGGCGUGACUUGGCGUGACCUGUGCGUUGGGGGGGCGUGUCCUGGGCGCGUUGUGGGCGUGUGCUGUUGCGUCAAGGGCGUGACCUGUGCGUUGGGGUGGGCCGUGCUUUACUCAUAUGGAGGCGUGGCCCGGCGCUAUGGGGGCUCGGUCUGGUGCUUGGAGGGCGGGUGCCUGCCUAUAUGAAGGCGUGGCCUACCGGGGUAGUGGGCGUGGUUUCCCCCUGGCCCUAUAUAAGCUGGGAGCAGAGCGCAAGCGCUCGUCUUUUGUAUCUCAGAGUUUUGGAAGUGGCUGGCUGUUUGGGAGCGGGCACGCGCUGACUAACACACAGCAGCAACAAGGUAACUUAUCAUUCACCCUCCCCCCAUCCCCAUCCCCGCUAUAUUAUCAGCGCAGCAAUUAGUUCAGUGUUGGCCAGCCAAGCCGGGUAAGUGUUAACGAAUACAAAGCCCGUGGAUGAGAAGCACCACAUAUACGUGGAUGCCGUCCGUACAUGUGGUAAACAAACACACCCACAUACACGAGCUGGUGUGUCAAUGGACAUCGUCAUGUCAACAGAGCGGGCGGUGUACACGCGCGCGCGCACACACACACACGUGGUGGCGGUGUAAACAACGACGUUGAGCAAGCAUUUGGGAAGACAAAGACGGCCGCGCGCGCAUGGAAGCUUCGUCAAACAUUGACAACCUCCACCGCUUCGUCCAUGCUUCAAUAGCUGCUCGCUAACAGCAGCGCCAUGCCUCGACGCGCCUGCUGCUGGGGGCUUACGGGAUAAGCGAGCGACCCGAGGAAGUGACUCCGACCGACCGAGCGUCUGACUUACCGACUGACUCGGCGAUCGAGCAACUGGCCGUGCCAGCGACCGACUGACCGAGCGACUGACUGACCGACUGAUCGAGCGAUCGAGCGACUGGCUGUGCCAGCGACCGACUGUACCGACCGAGCGUCUGACUGACUGACUGAUCGAGCGAUCGAGCAUCUGACUGACCGACUGACUCGGCGAUCGAGCGACUGGCCGUGCCAGCGACCGACUGUACCGACCGAGCGACUGACUGACCGACUGAUCGAGCGACCGACUGACCGAGCGAUCGAGCGACUCGCCGUGCCAGCGAGUGACCGACUGACCGAGCGUCUGACGGACUGACCAACCGUGCCAGCGAGCGAGCCGAGAGACUCGUCGCAUCACGAUGGCCGACGUAGCCGCCCACGGUGAGCGCCGUGAACCGGCGGCGCCGGCGGUUCCGCAGCAGCAGCAGCCGCCGGCGGCGGCGUCGGCGCCGGUGAAACCGCGGGCGGCGACGGUGAACGGAGCCCCGAGCUCACGCCACGACGUCCGCGGCUCCCCCUGCUGCAGCUGCCGCUCGUCGUCGGCGUUGCCGGCGUCGGCGUCGCCGGGAGGCGGCGUGCGCCUGCGCGACGCGAUGGUGGCGGGCGGCGCUCCGUGGUUCUCUCUCGAGUUCUUCCCGCCCAGGACGGCGGAGGGGUCGGCCAACCUCAUCGCCAGGUUUGACGCGAUGGCCCAGGGCGGGCCGCUGUUUGUGGACGUGACGUGGCACCCGGCCGGCGACCCCGGCUCCGACUCCCCCAACUCCUCCAUGACCAUCGCCAGCACGGCGCUCAACUACUCGGGCCUGGAAACGGUGCUGCACCUCACCUGCACCGGGCAGACGCGCGGCACCGUCCUGGAGCUGCUGCGGCGCGCUCGCGCGCGGGGGCUACGCAACGUCAUGGCGCUGCGCGGAGACCCCGUGGGGGAGGAGUGGGUCCCGCAGUGCGACGGCCUCAACUACGCCGCCGAGCUCGUGGGCCUCAUCCGCUCCGAGUUCGGGGACGAGUUCGACAUCGGGGUGGCGGGCUACCCGAGCGGUCACCCCGAGUGCGCCAGCUACGAGCUCGACCUGCUGCACCUCAAGGCCAAGGUGGACGCCGGCGCCGACUUUGUGGUGACGCAGCUCUUCUUCAGCGCCGACGUCUUCCUGCGCUUCCUCGCAGACUGCCGUCGCGUCGGCAUCACCUGCCCCAUCAUCCCCGGCAUCUUCCCCAUACAGGGCUACCACUCGCUACGCCAGCUGGUGAAGCUGUCCAAGUUGAGCGUGCCGGAGGAGCUGCUGGCGCUGAUCGAGCCGAUCCGGCACGACGAUGCCGCCAUCCAGUGCCUGGGCGUGCGCCGCUGCGCCGAGAUGUGCCGGGCCCUGCUGGCGUCCGGCGCCGUGCCGGGCCUCCACUUCUACACCCUCAACCGCGCCGCCGCCACGGUUGACGUGCUCAAGCAGCUGGGCCUGUGGGCCGAGGAGCCCAGGCGCCCGUUGCCAUGGGCGCCCAGCCGUAACCCGUGGCGACGCGAGGAGGACGUCCGCCCCAUCUUCUGGGCGACGCGGCCCAAGAGCUACAUCCACCGCACGCAGACCUGGGACGAGUUCCCCAACGGGCGCUGGGGCAACUCGUCGUCGCCGGCGUUUGGCGACCUCACCGACUACUACCUCUUCUACCUGAAGAGCCGCUACUCGCGCGCCCAGCUGCUGGACAUGUGGGGCCACGAGGUGACGAGCGUGGAGCACGUGCGUGACGUGUUCACCUGCUACAUCACGGGGGAGCCCGGCCGCUCGGGGAAGCAGGUGCUGUGCAUGCCGUGGAACGACGAGCCGCUGGCGGCCGAGUCGUCCGUGCUGAUCGAGCACCUGGCCGGGCUGAACCGCCGCGGUGUGCUCACCAUCAACUCGCAGCCUCGCGCCAACGCACUCCCCUCCACGGACCCCGCGCUCGGCUGGGGUCCGCCGGGCGGAUACGUCUUCCAGAAGGCGUACCUCGAGUUCUUUGCGUCUCCUGAGCUGGUGUCGUCGCUCCUGGAGGUGCUGCCGCGAUACGAGCCACGCGUCAACUACCACAUCAUCAACCAGCAGGGCGAGGCGAUGACGAACGCCCCGGAUCUCCGGCCGAACGCGGUCACCUGGGGAAUCUUCCCCGGCAGGGAAAUCAUCCAGCCCACCGUGGUCGACCCCAUCAGCUUCACGUACUGGAAGGAUGAGGCGUUUGGGCUGUGGGUCCACCACUGGGCCGCCCUCUACCCGGCCGAUUCGCCCUCCCGCGCCUUCCUGUCGGGGGUCGCCGCCUCCCACCACCUCGUCAACCUCGUCGACAACGAGUUCCCGCUGCACAGCUGCCUCUGGAACCUGCUGGAGGACGUGCUGGCGCUCGCAGAGGCGCGGAGGGACGGGCGGCCGGUGGUCCCGGCGGAGGCGGCGGAGGCGGCGGCGACGGGCGCCGUCGACGGCCCCGACCAGUAGCGACGCGCCGGGGACUGAGCGACGCGCCCCAGUGUCUCGCCUCGCGUGAUGACAACAACAACAACAAUGAUAAAGAUGAUGAUGAUGGUGAUGUAGCCGCCUCUUAGUGUUUAAGUGAACGGAGGAAAGCGUGAACGCGAACCAAAGGCGGUUUGCGCACCUCGAGUUGAGUCGACGUAGCGGAUUGCUUAACGUAGACGCUCGGCAAACAAACAAACAAAAAACCCACCGGCUCGCGAUCGUGAUUUGUUAUUGAACGCGUGAGGCUCUGCAGGCAUUAAUCAAGACGACGUCGUCGUCGCAGAGUUUGUGUGUAUCCAAGUAGUCUUUUAAUCGUAAGUUCAGCACUAAGUUGCCGGGAGUUUGUAGGUUCAUCAAGAUACUGUGAAAUGGUUUUGUUUUUGUAACAGCACUAAUUCAACUAAAAAGCAACGCAUUUGUACUCCGCUCUCAGCGGUGUGUGUACGGGGAACUUCUCCCGCACCGCACGUAAAACGCUAAAAGGCGGCCCCAAAGAAGCGAGUUUGUCAAUCUAGACGAUGAU